UACACCUCCUCGGUCAAGUACGACUCAGACCGGCACUUCAUCGACGACGUCCGCCUGCCCCUGGGCCUGGCCGUGGCCUCCUGCAGCCAGACGGUCACCUGCAUCCCCAACUGCACGUGGCGUAGCUACAAGGCCGAGCUGCGCUUCGAGCCCCGGCACAAGGCCACCCGCUUCCUCAGCACCACCAUCGUCUACCCCAAGUGCCCCAAGACCGUCUACACCACCACCCUGGAUUACAACUGCCGCAAGACGCUGAGGCGGUUCCUGUCCAGCGUGGAGCUCGAGGCCUCCGAGUUCCCGGGCGGCGGGGAUUACCUCUCGGACGAGUGCUGACUGAGCAGGCUGCCGGGCUGGGCCAGCUCCUCCGCCACCCUGGUCUCUGCCCUGGUCUCUGCCCUGGUCUCCAUCCUGGUCACCGCCCUGGUCUCUGCCCUGGUCUCCUCUGCCCUCCAGUCUCACUCAUGCCCCCAGGAAUCUAACCUAGAGACACCUCUAAGCCCGGCCUGGGGAAGAAAAAAAUGUCACAGCAUCUUAGAGUGAUCGAGAGAAUUUGGUUUUUAAAAUGCUUUGUUUUGAAAA